AUGGAGGAGUCUACCGACAAUGAUAACACUUUGCGACCUUCUGAAUUGAACCCAAGCUAUGGUACCUCCUCAGAGUUUACACCAGCCGCUUCUGGUGGGACACGAAGACGCCGUCGUUCUGACAGAAUUGUAAAAGUGUUGGAAACAGUUUUGAUGUCCUUCAGCCUUGGAUUUGAGGACCUCCCAUCUGAGGCCCAGCAAGCCUACAUACGCUUCCAGCAGAACCAGGAUUUCCGCGAGUUUGGUGCUGCCCUCAGGCACUUACUUUUAGAAGAAAGGCUAGAUGAACUAAUGCGAGAAUCGCCUGACUUCUUACACGCUGCCGCCGAAUUGGUUGGUAAUAGAUAUCCCCAUCUGAACCUCCAAGAACGUCUUGAUGAUCUCGAGGACAGCAAGAGAAAAGACUCGCCGAAAAGACGGUCCAACCGCUCGGACAAAUCCCGACGUCGUGCGAAGAAGGAGGCUCGGCGCGGCGACGAGACCAUGUCGAGUAAUAACAAUACCGAUCGUCCUUCGAAUGCAAGGUUAGCAAAAACAAUUACUACGAAGACUCGAACUCGCCAGAAGAAAGGCCGGAAGGGUCAGACAGUAGAUCGGACUCAACUCGAGAUACGCGCCCAGUCUGGCUCGUCGGAAAUUCCUACUAUCAACGUUGUGUCAGACGAAACCGCGGGCAAUGAUGGAGGCAAUAGUGCUCCUGUCAAUACACCAGUGCUACCAGGUUUUGUCAUCAGUACCCGGACAAGCUCUAGAAAUCAAGAAGGGGCCACAUCCGGAAUUGAAAAGCUACGCAGUAGUCAGAGCCAGAAAACAGCUCGAUCUAAAAACCCGACACAUCUUCCCAAACCUGACGUCAAUCUUUAUCCUUACAAAGGAUGGAAGGUUGAACAACCGACUGUUCUUCUUCAUCAAGCCAGGAACUUUCUCGCAGACGAGGAUAUCGACCGAACUUUGGACUGGAGUCAGAAGUUCGCGGAACUAACUGAGUAUUUCUCGUAUCUCCUUUACAAUUGGCAAGGCGAGGAAUGGGGCGCUGAGUUACAUGAGGUUAUUGACAUGCUUCACACGCAUUGGAUAUUUGAGCAAUACCAUUACGGCAUGCCCAAGCUAAACCUCAAUUUCGACAACGCGUGGCCGAAGCAAAGUAAGAGGCUACCGCCUAUUCCGGGCACAAAUCGCCCCGUUGAGAUGUCGGACGGGGCGGAUGAUGAAGACUUGGGCGAGAGAAAGCUGCUCCUCAACAAAAUCCGCCCAGCCAUUGAUGUUCACUACAAGGUGCCUUCGAGAGCACUUUUGAAGUGCAUCGAACUUUACACUGCCGAUGCCCCUCAUACUUGGGAGGUUCCAUUUGAAUCCGUCUCUUCUGAUCGAGGACUGAUGAAUCUGGAGAAUGAGAUUUAUGAAGAGUGCGUCUUCUCGAACAUGUCGGACACCUGCAAGCGCCUCGAAGCAGCCGAAGCCGAUUUCAAGUCAGAGCACGACAAAGAGACUUUUGGCUUUGAGGCACUUCAGGCGUUUGCCACGCUUCGUGGAACUCGACGUGCGGCUCUUCAACAGACCUUGAGCCCUCUGAACAAUGACGAGAACCUUGCCGUCUGUAAUGUCUUCCGCACACUUAUCCUACCUCAAGCCAAGAUUCCAGAAAAACCAGAUGCGGGUAUUAUUCUUCCUACUAUGCAGGUUUCCGAGGUCCCUCAGAAGGAGUCUCGGGAUCCCUUUGGCUACACUAUAGCGCAUAGGUGGUACAUGAGAGCAGACCAGCACUGGGGAGACUGGGCGCAUGAGCAUGCCAUCAAAGAAUGUCAUGGUCACAAGUUGUGGCGAAAUCGCAAAGAGCCCAUCAUGGAUCUUCCUAAGAAUUUCAAGGGACCUUACAUUCACGACUUUUUGGAUCAUGAAAUGAAAAAGGUCGUGUCACUCCUGAAAAUAUGUGAAGUCCUACGGGAUCGUCUAUUAUUGCAGAAAGAACGAACGCCGCGGGGUUUCCUGACAGAUGUUGCCAAGUGCCUGGAUGAUGGAUUGGCAGGAAAACACUGGGUAGAUGCCGGCCUAGAGUUCUCUGAAGAGGAUGUCGUACCUAGUUCCCAAGACUUGGUUCACAUUAGACCCGAGGAGGAAGACUUUUUGCGCUUGCUGGGUCAAAAUUCUAUCAACAAAAAGACAGUGAACCCCAGAAUCAAGGGUGUCAAAGUCGGCCAUCGUUCUCGACUGUUUGAAAAGAGAGUCAAGGACAUGUUCUAUGGAGAAGGCACGACGAACGUCUACAGGCUUGGCUUCGACGAGUUCAUGAAAGAACUCAAUCGGGAUUGUGAUGGCCCAGUAAAGUGUUGGAGAUUUUCGGAAGAUGAGGCUUGGAAUGAAGCUUCUAAACUCCAGAAAAAAGGAGUCAUCGUAUUACAUGGACAAACAGUGUUCCGCGCUGAGGCUAAUCUUCACCCUGAGCAACUUGUCAGGUGGCUCGACACAGACAAGGACCUGGAUGCAUUCGUACAAGAGUGGGACCCAGUCAGCCCCCAAGAACCCAUCGAGAAUGCUGAGGCCAGUCACGAAAACGAUGAGAUCGAAACAAUCUCGACGGUUAUCAGUAUCCCUGAGUCGAAGAACCCUGGAGAUUACCUAUUCGGGCUACCCAGAAGUGAACAUCUUCGCGACUAUGAAGAUCUCGCGGAGCUUGUUUCUGACAUUGGCAAUGACACACUUAAGCAAGAUAUGCGAAAGACCAAAAAAUUCUACACCCGCCUUUGCUUUCGACUUGGAAGGACUAUCCGCGACCUCCGAGCCAAGCAGGAGACAUACAGGCGACAACUCACCUUGGAUCAGCGAGAAGAUAAUCGCGAUUUCUUGGAUUUCGUCGUAAGACUGUGGGAUUCCGAUGCUAAUGUACGACCAAACAAAAAGGACAAGAACCCAAAGAGGGGCGAUCGCAAGUGGAUUACACCGGAAUACCAAGAUAUCAUCAAGAUGGUUGAGCCAGAGGCUUACAACACAACCUGGGACCAUGCGAACCGGGAGAAAAUUCGAAAAGGAAUUAUUCGCGAGGCCUAUGAAAACAAGAGCAUGAUUUUCCCAAGCCGUAUUGAUCGUUAUACUGACGAGGACGGCCUGACAGUUGAGCUACCCCGUCGUCAUGAACCGGUGUGGUCUUUUGCACACCCUGGACGAAAAGCCAAGGCACCACAAUACUGGGACAUGAAUCGCUGGCCACUUCAUCUUCAGAGAGAAUCGACAGCGGAGAGAAUUAGAUCAGGAAAUUUUCAUGCGGACACUCAAGAGAACCCGCCAUUUUCGCCCACUAUUGUCACCCCUUCAGUCUCUCCUGUUACGCCAACUAGACAACAGACAAGACGAGAAAUAGACGAAGAAGUGGAUGAAGAUACUGCACUAUCGACUACCUCAGCAGAAGGGACAGACACAUACGUAAAAGAGACUCAAACUAUUCCCGGACUUGGGAAAGAUUUUGUUGUGACGUAUGGAGAUGUGGCAGAGUCUCGUCGCACUUUCACGCCUGGGCCACCCCAAUAUCUCCUCGGUAGUACUCCCCUGCAGAAGAAAUAUGUUGAGAACUACAUCAAGAGAGGAAUCGCGUCAGCGGAGACGCCUACCUUUACCUGGCGUCAGCGCUUAGGAGCUCUGUUUGGUCGUAGAAUCGUGAAUGACCCGACGGCUCUGCCAGAAGUCAACCCUCGCGAUAUCCCUCAGAGCAAGCCACGAAGUAAAACUUCCGAUGACGAAGAUUCCGAAGAGGAUAUGCCUGGUGUCAUGGAAAAUGACGAUAUUGACGUUGUGAUGGAAGAACUGGUGACACAGAAACCACGCAACGAUGAACAAGAGCCUCUAGAAACACCCUCACCAAUGGUACCGUCCUUCCCUCAUACCUCCGAAGUACCUGGAGAGUCUACUCCUGUAGCUGUUCAGGGUGUAGGUCGUUUGGCCGGGCAGGGAAGUGAGCGGCAAAACCCUAGGUCAUGGUCACGACGACGAUCCCGCCAUCUGGAAUCCCAACGGCUCCACUUGACGAUAGAGCAGCCAGACUCGGAGGCCUCUGUUGAGUACACAGAGGAAGAAAUGCCAUAG